GACAGCGCGCCGAGUCGCACCGGUCCGCUCUACCCGCGUCCAGAGCGCGCGUAAAAAGUUUCAACACAUUGUACGAAACUUGCAUUCAGUAGUAACGAUACCGAACUGCGAAGCGAUCAUUCAUUCUAGCGUUGUUCUCUAAAACAAUAGCUUAAAAGUUUGUGUUUUUAUUAUAUUCGAAAAUAAUUGUGAUUUUUGCGGUCCCUUUAAAACUUCAAGAUACUUAUUUUUCUUACAAAGUAAAGUAACUUCAAGUAUUCUUUCGUCAAUUCUAUUCCAAAGCUAAGUUGAACAGUAUCAGUAGUUUCCUGAAGCAAGUGCAUAAACAAGCUGCAGAAUUUCCACUUUGAAGUUGCAAAGAUUAUGCACUGGAACAUCGAUGGGAUGUUCGGACGGUGACAACGAGUGGAAGACUGGAGGCAGACUGGGGUCGCAGGCAAUCAACUUGAUGCUGCUGCAAGGCGAGGGUCGCGAGCGGCCGGGGCCCGCCAUGGACGAGGAGUGUAGCGCCCGGCCCUGCGCCACCGACUUCUCCAUCGCAGCCAUCAUGGCCAGGGACCGUCAGGAGCGCAGGGAGAGGCGGAGACACAGGGACCCCAGGGAAGACACGCUCAUGCCUUUAGAAAAGUUCGUGGACGCGACAGCCUCGGCUUCGGGGUCUCCGUCCCCGCCUCUCGCGGAGUACGAGCGAGACUCCCCCGUGGAUGUGUCGUCAACGUCAGAAGCAGGGUCCGCCAGUGGAGCCCCCAGUGGCUCCCGGCCACUCUCGCCACCUCCCAGGAACCCACAGCUCGUGGAGCGAUGGUCCAGUGAGGAGAUGCGACACAUACAGUGCCACCUCGAGACUAAAGAGCUUUGGGACAAGUUUAACGAAUUAGGAACAGAAAUGAUUAUCACUAAAACUGGAAGACGCAUGUUCCCGACGGUGCGCGUGUCGUUCGCGGGGUGCCGCGGCGACGCGCGCUACGCCGUGCUGCUGGACGUGGUGCCAGUGGACGGCAAGCGCUACCGCUACGCCUACCACCGCUCCUCGUGGCUAGUGGCUGGCAAGGCGGACCCGCCCGCGCCCGCGCGCCUCUACCCGCACCCCGACUCGCCCUUCUCCGGCGACCAGCUGCGCAAGCAGGUUGUCUCCUUCGAGAAGGUCAAGCUCACCAACAACGAGAUGGACAAGAACGGACAGCUGGUCCUGAACUCAAUGCACAAAUACCAACCGCGCAUUCACCUGGUGUUACGACGAGAAGGAGCCAUCAACGCACCCAUCACAGACUUAGAACAAGAAGAAUUCAAGACGUUCAUAUUCCCCGAGUGCGUGUUCACAGCCGUCACCGCGUAUCAGAAUCAACUCAUCACGAAACUGAAAAUCGACAGUAAUCCAUUCGCUAAAGGAUUCCGCGACUCUUCACGUCUCACCGAGUUCGAAAGAUACUAUAUCACGGGGGAGCACGAAAGAACAUCAGUCUUCCCCGACGACGCGCGCUACAGCGCCGCCAGUCAUAGGGAAACGAUGGAGUCGAUGCUGGCGGAACAGCACUUCCUGCGCUCACCAUUGCGGCCCUUCGACUUGGACCAGCACAAUAACAACUUAACGCUAGAAGAGAAAGCGAUCCUGGCGGCGCGGUCACAGCUGUUCCUCCGUGCCGCUUAUCCUUUGUACGGCGUGCCGGCGGCUGCGCUGUGGGGGCAGUGGGCGUGCUUGGCGCCGCAGCUUCUGGCGCAGCAGCACCUCGCUGCGUCGGGCUCGGGGCUGCAGCUGCCGCGGCCGGUGUACCCGGGCGCCCUGGGCGCGGCGGGCGCUGGCCCGCAGCCGCUGGCGCAGCACCGCUUCUCACCGUACCCAGCGCGGCGAGCGUCGCCCGGCUCGUCGCCGGACUCGCUGCGCGACGCCAGCCCGCACCCCUCGCCGCUGCACCCGCCGCACCCCCCGCACACCCCGCACGCGCCGCAUCCGCCCCACAGCCCCACUUAGUGAUAAAACGCCGAAUAAAAACCUCCCCGAGAUCUCCCUGUAAUAAUAUGCGAUAUUGUAUGAGAGUCUUUAUAUGGAAUGUUUUCCGAGAGAACACAAAAGGAAAUUUGAAGUGCGUCGGUGUUUCGCUGCGAAACGAGAUGGCGUCGUGAACUUCGAUAAUUUUAUGCGCCGAGAAGUGAAUAAACUGAGUGCGAGUGCGUGGAGAACAUUUAGAAGUACGUCUGGAGUCGUGAGCGUCGGAACACCGCGCGCCUUCCCGCUGUUGUUACUCACUCUGUGAAAACUUGUAUUAUAUUGUAAAAUAUUAUUUAACUGUACUUUAACUCUGUAAUUAUUGUUAUAUGUUCCUAAUAGUUUUGUCUCGUAGUGAUGGUUUCUGCUAAAUUCAUGUUAUAGCAAAGUAGAGUUUAUUGCAUAAAAUGAGGCAUUUAAUUGCUGUGUACAUUAUGUUUGAUAUUUUCGGACAAUUUGAAAACAAAUAAGAACAUAACGGAAUGAGUCGAUGUUGUAAAUCUUAGUGGCUCAAUGGCAUUCGACUGUGUUUGGUUGAUUUCAUCUUGUUUAGGUAAAAUGUGCAAUAUAACAGAGUAAAAUGUUUUAGUGAAAUUUAGAAGUUAGUAAGAUAGAUGUAUCGAUAUUAAAUAGUAGAAAUUAUAUUGCUGUCUAUGUUUAAAAUUAAUUCCUACAUCCGACUACAAACGGAUGCAUAGAUGUACCUAAAUGGUUAAUUUGUAGUUAAAUUAUAGUUAUUAUAAAUAAUAUAUUGCUAAAGAAAAAAUUAAAUGUUUGUUAACAUAUA